CUAACAAUUAAGAUUUCUAACUUAAAGAAUUUAAUUGGAUGUUGAACUAUUUGUAGGUGAAAGGAACAUAAAACUAAAAACAAAAUUAUGAUGAGAAAUAUAAAACGAAAUUCAUAAUUUUUUUUUCCCUCUGUCUGUCUCUCUCUCUCUCUCUAAUUUUCUGUUGGAACAGUUUGGUUUUAACUUCCUAGAUGGCCCACGACACCGAUUCAACGUCAUCGACGACCUUUUUCCUCAAAUUUUCACCACCCCCCAAUUAUUAUUCCAACAAUGGAAUUUCAUAUAUAUUUCAAAUUAUCUAACUUCUUCCCUUUCUUAAACCCUCUCUCUCAAAACUCUCAUCUCUCUCUCUCUACUAUUCUCUUUUCAUGGAGAUCAACAACAACAACAACAACAACGCCACCCCUCAAGCUCCUGAUUCCCCGCCGGAAAAUUCCUCCGCCGCCGGAGCCGAAGAGCAAGAAGAGAGUGGUUGGACUGAUUACUUGGAGGAUUAUUUCAAUUCUGAAUUAGUUGAAAGAGAGAGCAGUUUUUUGUGUUCAAGUAUUGGGAGCUGUUCGAAUUGGGAUGAUCUUAAUAAUAUUUCAUACCCCAAUUAUGAUAUUAAUUAUAAUAUCAAUGUUGGGAAUGUAAAUUAUGACGAUUUCCCAAAAUCAAAUAACCUAACUUUCAAGAAAACAAGAACUCAGAAAAUUUUUGAGGAUGAUGAUUCCUUACAAGAUACUGCUACUUCUCCUAUUCACAGUCCAAAAGUUGUUGAUCUGAAAGUGAGAACAUCCCAAGAAAAUCCAAGGUUUGAUGAUCACAUCACAAUCUUCGCUAAUUCUACGGGAAGUGGAAGGCAAAUGGGGAAAUAUUACUCAAACAAAGAAAAGAGUGUUUAUUCAGCUGAGAAAAAAGGGUUGUGUUUGUUGCCCUUCUCCAUGCUUCUUAAUUACCAUAAUUGAGAUGUAUUAAUUUUUUAAGCAAUAAUAUAUAUGUUGAGCAAUUUAAAUACUUUUUCUCUUUUUCAUUUUAAUUGUUAUAUAUCAAGUAAAUAUGUGACAAGAAUUUAAUCUCCU